CCCGGCUCCGCCCCUCCCCCAACCCUGCCAGGCUCUCCAAUCGCAUGUGGAAUUAUCGCUCUAUCCAGGCGGUGGUGUCGAUCUCCGCUCCAAUUGGGGCCGUACCAUGGCGGAGAAGACUCAAAAGAGUGUGAAGAUUGCUCCUGGAGCAGUUGUAUGUGUAGAAAGUGAAAUCAGAGGAGAUGUAACUAUCGGACCUCGGACAGUGAUCCACCCUAAAGCAAGAAUUAUUGCAGAAGCCGGACCAAUAGUGAUUGGCGAAGGGAACCUAAUAGAAGAACAGGCCCUUAUCAUAAAUGCUUACCCAGAUAAUAUCACUCCUGACACUGAAGAUCCAGAACCAAAACCUAUGAUCAUUGGCACCAAUAAUGUGUUUGAAGUUGGCUGUUAUUCCCAAGCCAUGAAAAUGGGAGAUAAUAAUGUCAUUGAAUCAAAAGCAUAUGUAGGCAGAAAUGUAAUAUUGACAAGUGGCUGCAUCAUUGGGGCUUGUUGCAACCUAAAUACAUUUGAAGUCAUCCCUGAGAAUACGGUGAUCUAUGGUGCAGACUGCCUUCGUCGGGUGCAGACUGAGCGACCGCAGCCCCAGACACUACAGCUGGAUUUCUUGAUGAAAAUCUUGCCAAAUUACCACCACCUAAAGAAGACUAUGAAAGGAAGCUCAACUCCAGUAAAGAACUAAGAACAGUAUAUGACAUGAAGAUAACAUUUUGUCUUUGACCACUGUCUUUUGAAUGGGCCCACAGUGUUUAUGUACUCUUAACAACUCACAGAAUAAUACAUGUUCACUUUAUUUUGUAAAAUUGGGUUGAGAGGAAACUAAUGGAGUUUCAUUGUAACUGUCCUUUGUAAUUUAUAUAAAUGUAUUAUUUUCCUAUAUCCUUGGUUCUUUUCUGAUAAUUUACAGAUUUAGCUUUUCUUUUGUUAUAUAAACUGCUAGCCACAAAUUUUAGUUAUGUAAAAGGCUACCCUUGACAAGAAAAGACAUACUGUCAUGUAUUUAUAUUCUAGCAUAGACUAAACUGAAUAAAAAUGCUGAUAACAGGACCUUUAGUAAGCAUACUUUAAUAAGUUUUUCUCCUUGAAUUAAUCUUUUCUCUUAAUUUUUAUUAUGUACUAGUUGUAUUAAAGCUAAUGUGUUUACUUUUUCCUCUUGUGGAUUUGUAGCUGUUUAAAAUUUCAGGUGAAUUUCAGUAGCUAUUGAAUUAAUUUAGACUUCACUUUGUUUUUAAGAAAAGUACAAUUUUUUCUUUUUGGUAAAACAAAAGUAAUCAGGGAAAGAUGUUUUCAGUAGAAUACAAAUUAGUGGCAUUCUUGGGUUUCUGAGGACAAUGAAACUAAAAGAAAUUUUGAAAUUAUACAAAUUUAUGAAAUUAUUAAUAUUUUAGCAUAGUACUAAUCACUAAUCAUUGAGCUUUAUUAUUCUGUUGUCUAUGUAGUGAGCAAAAUGUUGAGAAUUUUAUAAUUCCAAAUUUUUAAAAUAAUUCAAGUGCAUAAAUUUACUGGAACAUACUUCUCAACUUUUGAAUUAGUAGAUAUUGACUAAUACUAAGAUACUAAAAUACUAAGAUAUUCUCUCAAAAUUUAAUUUUUAUUUAUUUAUUUUAGAGGCAAGGAUCUCACUCUGUUACCUAGGCUGGAGUGCAGUGGCACAGUCUGCUCACAUGGAUCACUUGACCUCCUCAAACUCAAGUGAUCCUCCCGCCUCAGCCUCUUGAGUAGUUGGGACUAUAGGCAUAAGCCACCAUGCCUAGCUUUUUUAUUUUUUUUAACUUUUUGUGGAGACAGGACCUCACUGUGUUGCCUAGGCUGGUCUCAAACUCCUGACUCAAAAUUUAAUUUUUAAUUGUGAAUAGAAAAAAAUAUAUUUUUGAAUUUCUGAAACUGACAGCGCAAAUUAGCGUAAUUGUUCGAAAUUGGAAUGAUUUUGGUAAGAAUACUCAUGACUAAACUUGGAAAACUAUACUGUAGCAGAUGAAACAUUGAGCUUUUGAAAAGGAGAACAUAAAUACCCUAUUUCUGUUAACUGCUAUUUAUUCAUUUUUCAACCCCCUGGUGAUCAGUUCAGAAUGUUGUUGAUCACGGAAAUUUUCUAGAUAAAAGAAAUGAGAAAUUACAAGACAGUCUUUGAAAUUCUAUACUGGUUCUAAUGUAUUCUCUUUGGACAGGCUCUGAUAUGCUAAGUAAAUGGCCUCUCCAAACUACACAGGUACUAUGUGGGGCAGCAGUGAGAUACCUUCUAAGGACUUGAUAAGAAGAAACCACCAGAGAGUCUACACAUAGUGAGGAGAGUCUCAAUGCUUCCCAGGUACACUGUAGGUUAUUACAUGAUGUUAACUCAUUUGAGAAAAGAAAAUAACCGAAAUUAUCAACUCACCAAAAUGGGGUUUGAAGAAACAAAAUAUGACAGUGUGUAUACAGUGUUAUCCGUGAAAAGGAAGUCCUGCAUCCAAGAGAUGUGAGUAAUUCAGUGACCAAAAGUGUUCUCUACUUCAGUUAGGACUAGUUUAUCAAGACCCAAGGUAUGUGGCUUAGGGAGAACAUACCUUGAGACUUGCCACUUCUUUUGGCACUAAUUACAAGCCUAACUGAACCAUCUUCUGAUUGUUGAUAUGGCCUUUUAAGCUAUUAUUGUUUGGGAAAAGGGAGAAUUCUGCAUGAGGGCACCAACAUUUCAUUCCGCACAUAGUAAAUUUAGAGAAAUUCUCUGGUUUAUAUGUCAGUCUCAUGUGAAUUUUGUGUGUGUGGUUCUGCCCCCAAGUUUGUCAGUUUAGCCUAUGAGUUUCUAAAUAUUCUGAUGAAACAUAGUUUCUGAUUCUUCAGGAUAGAGAACCAAAGCCCAGACAGAUUAUUGCAAACUUCACUCUUUGGGGCUUCUGCAUAGCCAGGCUGUCAGCCUUCUUCUAGUGGCACUCUAUCUCACUUGAGACUACACUCAAACUGCAUCCCAAAUAUUCUAGACAAAUAAGCUAAGUGGUAAGGAGAACCCAGACAUCCAUGUGACAUGAGGUAGUAACUGGGUAGGGAAAAGAGAGAAACCACUUUAUCAAAUCAUCUUAUUGCAAUCUGGCACUAGCUCUUCGGGCAAGAUGAUGGAUCUUCACCAGUUGAACAGUGUAAGGUCUAGAAACAGUGAUGAAACUUCACUUCAUCCAUAAGCACACACUGUAGUAGUUAUGUAUGCUGUGUAACAAAUUACCCCCAAAACUAAAACAACACACAUCUUAUUAGCUCACUCAGUUUCUGAGAAUCAAGAAUCUGUGUGUGGCUUAGCUGAUGCUGGGGCUGCAGUAUUCAUUUCCAAGAUGGCACACUAACAUGGUUGUUGCCCGAAGGCCUCAGUUCAUCAUCACAUGAGCCUCUCUACAAGGCUACCUGGGUGUUCUCUUGACAUGGCAGUUGGCUUUUUCCAGAAUGAGUGAUCCCAGAGAGGGUGGAAGCCACAGGGCCUUUCAUGACCUAGUCUCUGAAGUUGCACACGAUCAUUUCCAAUGAAUUUGAUUUGUUAGAAGUGAGUCACUAAGUCCAUUCUACACUGAAGGGAUGGGGAAUUAAGCUGUACCUUUUGAAGGGAAUAGCAUCAAAGUGUUCAUGCUCAUAUUUUUAUUUUUUAUUUUAUUUAUUUAUUUAUUUAUUUAUUUUGAGACAGAGUCUUGCUCUGUCACCCGGGCUGCAGUGCAGUGGCACGAUCUCAGCCCACUGCAGCCUCUGCCUCCCAGGUUCUAGUGAUUCUCCUGCCUCAGCCUCCUGAGUAACUGGGACUACAGGUGUGUGCCACCAUGCCCGGCUCAUUUUCGUAUUUUUAAUAGACAGGGUUUCACCAUUUUGCCCAGGCUGGUCUCGAACUCCUGACCUCGGGUGAUCCACCUGCCUCAGCCUCCCAAAGUGCUGGAAUUACAGGCGUGAGCCACUGUGCCCAGCCCAUGCUCAUAUUUUUAAACUCCAGCAUGUAUGUACACAUCCAUUUACAUCUGGGUUUCUCCCAGUGCACUAUCAGCAUCUCUUUAGAGAGUCUCCACACUGGGAGGAAGAUGACUUUGGGAAGGACUGCUGUAUAUUAAUUGCCAUGGCACAUGACGUCAUCAAAGGUCAUCUUACCCACUUGAAGCCCCAUUGUGUAGUGUUUUCUGACAUCAAAUGUGUGGUUUUUCCAACACCAGCAACCGAUUCUCCAACACCAACUGAAUGUCCAGCAAUUCAGAACAGUUCUGGUGCUAUCUGGAGUUAGCCCAGACCCCACACUCCCAUAAAACUACCCCCACUUCAUUUGCCAGCAUCAAAUAGGGUACUCAAACUACCCGUACUUCUGCCCAGCCAACUGCAAAUUAGGGUAUUCUCAUGAUCCUUCAGGCUCAAUAAUUCUCUAGAAUGAUUCAGAGAACUCAGGGAAGUGUGUAUUUACUACUGCAGAUGUAUUACAAGGAUACAACUCGGAACAGCUGAAAGCAAGAAGUACCAAGGCCGUGGGAUGGGAUGGGAUGGCACAGGGUUUCCAUUCCUUCUUUGAGCAUGUCAGCCUCCCAGCACAGCACCAGCCUCGAAGCUUUCCAAAUCUAAUCAUUCAGGAGUUUUUAUGAUCCGGUCUGUAGCCCCUCUAACCUCCCUGGAGUUCGUGAGUCAGGGCUGAGAGUUCUGAUCCUCUAGCCCUAUGUUCUCAUUAGCAUACAAAAGACAGUACAUUCUGGCCAGGCAUGGUGGCUUAUGCCUGCAAUCCCAGCACUUUGGGAGAUUGAGGUGGGCAGAUAACUUGAGGUCAGGAGUUCAAGACCAGCCUGGCCGACAUGGUGAAACCCCAUCUCUACUAAAAAUACAAAAAUUAGCCAGGCAUGGUGGUGGGCACCUGUAAUCCCAACUACUUGGGAGGCUGAGGCAGAAUUGCUUGAACUCGGGAGGCAGAGGUUGCAGUGAGCCAAGAUGGCACCACUGCACUCCACCUGAGAGCAAGACUCCGUCUCAAGAAAAAAAAAAAAAAAAACCCAGUAAUUUCCAAGGGUCUGAGAAGCUCUGUGCCAGGGACCAGGGACAAAGACCAAAUAUUUUUUAUUUUGCCACACCUACUACUUAGCAAUUUAGAUUACUUUCCCUUAAAUAUAACAAAUUCCAUUAAGCAUCAGUUUAAGUUGAGGCGUAACAGAAAUUAUUAUUAACAAAAACCUUGAGAGAUAAGAAUACUGAGCGGGAGAAAUAAUAGAAGAACUAUUUUAACCCUAAUGUACUUUGUCAAGUCUGACUUUUUAAAAAAUCGCAUUUAUUAAGCUUGCAUAGAGCUGACUACAUGCCAAGCACUAUUAAAAGCAGUUUACAUGUAACUUGUUAAUUGCACAUUAUUUCCUUUAAUUGUCUUAAUCAGGUAGGUGAUAUUACUAUCCUUAUUUUGCAGAACUGGAAAUUGAGGCACAAAGAGGUUAAGUAACUGCCAGAGGUCCACUCAGCUAGUAAGUGGCAUUUUGGCUGCAGAGUUCAUGAUCUUAAGCAUAUUCUCUGUUGCUUUAUUGGAAGACUAAAUCUUUUAAGGUAGAUAUUCUUAUAAUUCAGUGGGCUUCCUAAAUGCGAAUGGGGAAAACAGAUGUGGAUUCACCUUUCCUAAAGGCUUUGCCUCUCUUUAAACUCUUAAACUGAGUGAUCCUCUCUGGGAUCACUCAUUCUGGAAAAAGCCAACUGCCAUGUCAAGGGAACACCCAGGUAGCCUUGUAGAGAGGCUCAUGUGAUGAUGAACUGAGGCCUUCGGGCAACAACCAUGUUAGUGUGCCAUCUUGGAAAUGAAUACUGCAGCCCCAGCAUCAGCUAAGCCACACACAGAUUCUUGAUUCUCAGAAACUGAGUAAGCUGGGAUUACAGGUGUGAGCCAUUGUGCCCAGUCUGGGUCUGCUUGUUAUAACUAAUUAACUGUAGUGGUAAUUUGUGGUGGUGUUUUGUUCUGUUUUUUAGUGUGUGUGUGUUUUACUGGUAAAAGUAAUACAUUAAUAAUUUCAUUUUACACAGUUUAGGAGGUGGGGAGAAAACACUUCUGAUUCCAUGGCCCCACCUCAAGCACCACCACUUGAAUCGUUUUGGGGCUAAUUUUUAAUGUGCAAUCCAAGGUGAAUGAAGAUCUCUCAGACACAUGCACCUUAAAGCUUCACAAUUCCCAUGUAGACCUGCUGUUUUAACACAAGAGGGCUCCAGAGACAGGAUAGUCCCCCCAUAGUGUCUAACAAAUGGGUGCUCUUGGAGAGUUUUAUUUAUUUAUUUAUUUUUAUUUGAAGACAGGGGCUGGCUGUGUUACCCAGGCUGGAAGACAUGACUCACUGCACCCUCAACCUCCUGGGCUCAAGCAAUCCUCCUGCCUCAGCCUCCUGAGAAGCUGGGACCACAGGCUUGUGCUACCAGGCCCAGCUAAUUUUUAAAUUUUUUUUUGUGGAGAUGGAGUCUCCCUAUGUUUCCCAGGAUGAUCUCGAAUUCCUGGGCUCAAGUUGUCCGCCUGCCUGGGCCUCCCAAAGUGCCAGGAUUACAGGCAUGAGCCAUCGCUCUUUCUGACCCAUUUUAAGGAUACUUUAGACUUUAAUACUUUAUUAAACAAAACUAGGAGCAGUUCCUUUCCUGUCUCCUUUAAAGGGUGUUGUAUUUAAAUAUUUUAGAGCAUUUAGCUGGGACUAGGUUCAUGACACUAAACACAUGCAAAUGGAGGCUCAGGCUUUGAGAAGAGAAUCACUGUCAGGCCCGCUAGAGACCCAGCCAAGAAUGGAUUGCCCAAGCCUUCAUUGUCAGCAUCCCUCUCCACAGGGUUUCAGCACUGCUCACCUUCAUGAAAGUUUGGUGCUAAGUCCCUGAAUUUAGACUUUCUUUUUUCCUUUUUUAAAUUUUCAGUGACAGGGACUCACCAUGUUGACCAGGCUGCUCUUGAACUCCUGGACUCAAGCCACCCUCCUGCCUCAGCCUCCCAACGUGCUGGGAUUACAGGCAUGAGCCACCAUGGCCUGCCUAGCUUUUCCAUUUCUUAAACUAACUCAGCUUUCGUUAGCUACCUAUAUGGUUCAGACUUUUAAGCCAGUCUCUGCUCUCAGUGAAAAAUAAUGCCUGAUGCUCAGAAUCCAAAUUUCCCCUACUAUGAAGUCGUCUGCUCCUUGGUAGGCUAAUCACUGCUCUCUCUGAGUUGUAUGCUUUCCAAAAAUCAGUUGUAUUUGGCCGGCCAUGGUGGCUCACGCCUGUAAUCCCAGCACUUUGGGAGGCCAAGGUGGGCAGAUCACUUGAGGACAGUCCAAGACCAGCCUGCCAACAUGAUGAAACCCCAUCUCUAUUAAAAAUACAAAAGUUAGCUGGGCAUGGUAGUGGGCCCCUGUAAUCCCAGCUACUCAGGAGGCUGAGGCAGGAGAAUUGUUUGAGCCUAGGAGGCGGGGGCUGCAGUAAGCCAAGACUGUGCUGCUGCACUCCUGCCUGGGCAACAGAGCAAGACUCCAUCUCAAAAAAAAAAAAAAAAAAUCAGUUGUAUUUGUUCCAAAACUUGUUUUUGCAAGUUGUACUUAAUAACGAUGUAAUUUAAUUCAAUAUUACCAAAAUCAAACAAUUAUGAGUGUGAAGAGAGUAAUCUCUAUGAAAAAAAGUUGAAAACUUGGGAAAGACCUGAUAAAGACGUGUUAUUAAAGAAAAAAAUGCUGUGGAAUUAGGUGUGGGCAAAGCAACCAUGAAUGUUUGGAAGGGAGAGAAAAGUAUCAAAAUAUAGGACUUUGCCCUCAUUUUGUUUCACAAGUGUCUUGAGUCCUCAUUCUACUGAAGCUGAAAUUGAUAAUGCUUCUUGCUGUGCUAAUCAAUGUCCUCUGUGCAGCCACAUCAGCAGGCCCACACGCAAAGAAAAGGUCUUAGCCUGACAUCAAAGGAAUGAUGGGUAGAUAAACCUGUUUAUAUUUUAAAUUAAAAAUAAAAUUUUGAAGAUAUAUAUAAUAAUUUUAUGAAGCCCCAUAUAGCUGACUUUUUUCUUUAACCAACCAACUACAGAUUCUGACUGCGUAGUCAGGAUGGCCAGGUGCAGUAGCUCACGCCUCUAAUCCCAGCACUUUGGGAGGCUGAGGUGGGUGGAUUGCUUCAGCCCAGGAGUUUGAGACCAGCCACACCUCAUCUCUAUUAAAAAAAAAAGAAGAAGAAGAAGAAUCAGAAUUUCUGCAGUAUAGUUCCAGGAGCUGCCAAACAGUGGUAUAAGGAAAUGAAUUGCCUGGGCCUCAACACAUCCUCAGUGUCAGUGACACAUGUAUAGUUUCAAAUGAAUAACCUCUUUUUAUGAAGAUUAUACUUUGGCAUCCCUUAUUGGUAGGCUAGCUGUGCUUGAUUGUAACAGAAUAGAUUUUUAGGACUUAAUCAUCAUUAAUGUAUCUGUAUUAGUCUGUUUUCACACUGCUGAUGAAGACAUACCGGAGAAUGGGCAAUUUACAAAAGAAAGAGGUUGACUGGACUUACAGUUCCACGUGGCUGGAAGGCCUCACAAUCAUGGCAGAAGGUGAAAGGCACAUCUCACAUGGUGGCAGACAAGAAAAGAGGGCUUGUGCAGGGAAACUCCCGUUUUUAAAACCAUCGGAUCUUGUGAGACUGAGACCGAGACCAACUCACUAUCACAAGAACGGAACAGGAAAGAGUCACCCCCAUGAUUCAAUCACCUUCCACCAGGUUUCUCCCACAACGUGUGGGAAUUGUGGGAGUUGCAAUUCAAGAUGAGAUUUAGGUGGACAUGCAGCCAAACCAUAUCAGUAUCUACACUUGUUUGUUCAGAGAACAAUUUCAAGUCUUUCAACUUAUCCUGCAACUGUGCCUAAAAUAUGUUCCUUUUUUACUUAAGGCUACCUGGCACUGCUGUAGAUGUGUAAUAUAUUUUGCUUAAAUGCUUAGCAUGAAAGGGAAGACUUCCACUUUUGGUUGCUGUAACCAGUGAACUUUUGCCAUUAUGUUCAGUAGACUUUGUAAUCAGAAAAAAAUAAAAUGACCAUAUUGAAUCCCA